AUGAUCUAUCAUCAUUUACCAGAAGAUCCAAAAUGGCAAUUGCUAAAAAGUCCCAUCAAAAUGGAAGAGUAUUUACAAAUGCCGAAACUUCGUCCACUUUAUUUUGAUUUAAAACUUGAAUUAGUGAAUCCACGUAAUAAAAAUGUUAUCUCACUGCUACCUGGUAAAUCAUAUGCUAUGGCUCUACUAAGAGCAAGUCGAAAUGUUCAGCUGAUAGCAGAUUUAGAAUUUAACAAUGAAAAAAUCGAUGGUGGUAAUCAUAUCAUGUUUGAUGUGCCCAAACAGCUCUACCGUUGCUAUUUUGCACCUAAAAAAGUUGGCCAACAUAAGAUAAAUAUUUAUGGAAAAGAAGAUGCUUCAGAUAAAAUCACAUACGGAGGUGUAUUGGAACUGACGUUAGAUGUGAAACAAUUAUCAAAAACUGCUGUUAGUUUUCCAAAAACAUGGGAUUAUUUUUCCAACUUGCAUCUACAAGUUAUAUCUCCCCAGAAUACGCAUGUAAUUACACUAAGUAAUGGAAUUAGUAAUACACAGAUUCUUAUUAGGACGCCUGAAGAUGUUGAACUUAUGGGCCGUUUAGAGAAUGAAGCAAAACAACAAAUCACAGGUGGGCAUCAGAUCUAUUACGAUCGGCGAAAAAGAAUCUGGCGAUGUGAUUUUGCACCUGAUCGAGAUGGAUUUUUCGAAGCAACUAUAUUUGCAAAAAAGACCUCUAAUGCUGCCAGUUACAAUGCAGCUGUUGCAUUCAAAAUUGAAGCUACACAGAUUCCAUUGCCACCGAUAUCAUAUCCUUACACAUGGCAACAUUUCUAUGAUUUUGGACUCAAAAUAAAAGCGCCAGCUCAUC